AUGCUGCUGCUGCUGCUGCUGCUGGGAGCUGCCGCGCGCAGAUGUCUCCAUGACGAGACACAGAAGUCUGUGAGCCUUCUCAGGCCACCUUUCUCCCAACCUCCCUCGGACUUCCGCUCUUCCCCCAUCACCUUCCCUGGCCCUCGUGAUCCUCAGCCCCUCCGAAUCCAAACCUGCCAUAUAACAGACCCUGUGUCCGGUGGAGCUUGGGAUCCUGAGGGAGAUGGGAUGAGUGGGGAAUCCCGAGCCCUGGUGGCAGUGAGAGAGGCUGCUCAGCGCCUCCAGGGUGUCCUCGCAGUGCAAGGACCCCUGCUUUUGAGCCGAGACCCUGCACAGUACUGCCAUGCUGUCUGGGGAAACCCAGAUACUCCAAACUACCACAGAUGCAGCCUCUUGAACCCACGGUACAAAGGAGAAAGUUGCCUGGGUGUAAAGAUCCCUGAUGCCCAUCUCCGUGGCUAUGCUUUGUGGCCAGAGCAGGGUCCCCCGCAGCUGAUCCAGCCAGAUGGGCCUGGGGUCCAAAAUACUGAUUUUCUCCUGUAUGUGCGGGUUGCCUACACUUCCAAGUGCCACCAAGAGGUGAGGUUCAAAUCAAAUCCCUUUCCCCUACUCUGUCUCUCUUAAUCUUAAAUGCAGGGCAAGGCGAGUAAAAGCAGUUUUUAUUAAAUUGUGCUUAUUUGGCAUAACUUUGGACAUGCUGAUGAAGUUUGAGUGAGGGUUAAAAACCCUCUAAAGUUUAUACCAUCCCUUGGUAACACUGAACCUCCUUUUUUAAGAAAGAUUUCUUCUCCCUCUGUCAUUGCCUACGCUGCCUGCUGCCAACUGGACUCAGAAGACAGGCCCCUUGCUGGUACCAUUGUCUACUGUGCGCAACAUCUCACCAGCCCCAGCCUCAGCCAUAGUGACAUCGUCAUGGCCACACUACACGAAUUGCUCCAUGCCCUAGGUUUCUCUGGACAACUCUUCAAGAAGUGGCGGGAUUGCCCCUCAGGACCCAGCGUUGGAGAGAACUGUUCUACAAGGCAACAGGUGACAAGGCGAGAUGAGUGGGGACAACUGCUUCUCACCACUCCAACUGUUAGCCACAGCCUGGCCAAACACUUGGGAGUGCUAAGGGUUUCCCUGGGUGCCCCCUUGGAAGAGGAGUAGGGCCCUUUGUCUUCACACUGGGAGGCCCGACUACUCCAAGGCUCUAUCAUGACCGCUAUCUUCGAUGGUGCCCAGCGCACUCGACUAGACCCAAUCACGCUUGCUGCUUUCAAAGAUUCAGGCUGGUACCAAGUCAACCACAGUGCUGCAGAGGAGUUGUUGUGGGGCCAUGGAUCUGGCCUGGAAUUUGGCCUGGUGACCACAUGUGGGACUGGCUCCUCAGACUUCUUCUGCACCGGCAGUGGACUGGGCUGCCACUACCUGCACUUGGACAAGGGAAGCUGCUCUUCAGACCCUGUGCUGGAAGGCUGCCGCAUGUACAAGCCCUUGGCCAACCGGAGUGAAUGCUGGAAAAAGGAAAACGGAUUCCCACCUGGGGCAGAGAAUCCCCACGGGGAGAUCUACCAUUCCCAGAGUCGUUGCUUCCUUUCCAACCUCACAUCACAGCUGCUCCCUAGGGACAAGGUCAGCCAUCCCUCUCAGAUCCCACACCUGAAGGAAGAGGAGCUCACUGGCCGCUGCUACUUACAUCACUGCACAGAGUGGGGAGCCUACAAGGUGCAGGUGGAGGGAUCCCCCUGGGUUUCAUGCCCUCCAGGAAGGGCUAUUCAGAUACCUGGGUACUAUGGUCUUCUCUUCUGCCCCCGGGGUCGGCUGUGUCAGACUAAUGAAGAUAGAGAUGCUGUUACUUCCCCACCUAUGAGUCUUUCAUCCCAAGACCUGUUAUUCAGGCUGUCUUUCGGAUUAGCUGGGCCCCCAGGCCAUUCCCUAGAGAAGGAAGAAGAGUUGGCUGAAGCAAUCUUACAGGCUCUGGUGAGCAGAGGAGGCACUGGAAGGUGCUAUUUCCACAGCCCUUCAAUUACCACUAAUCUGGUGUUCACUGUGCAUAUGUGGAAGCCCCCUGGUUGCCAAGGGCCUUCGGUUGGUAUGCUGCACAGGGCCCUGACCCUGACUCUCCGGAAGAAGCCUCUAGAAGUAUAUUAUAGAGGAGCCAACUUUACCACAGAAUAUAGCAAGUUCCUGGUUACCUCUGGUCAUAAUUCCUCCAUGGCCCAUCUAGGUCUGUCAACAGUUCUCUGCCUAAUGCUGCUUAUCCUGGUGGGUGCACUGGGAACCGUGGCCUAUCAGAAACGAGCUACUCUUCAGGUGGGACCAUCUGCCCCUUACCAUUCAUCAGAGCUCCAAAGCACAAGGGGCUCAGCUGGAGGAAUAAUGGAGGUGUGA